CACUGAUUGGUGGCACUGAUAGGCGACACUGAUAAUGGGUACUGAUAGACAGCACUGAUAGGUGGCACUGACUGACAUCACUGCUGGGCACUGACUGGUGGCACUGACUGGCAGCACUGCUGGGCUGCACUGAUGGGUGGCACUGGUGGACACAGGUGGGUGGUACUGGUGGGCACAGGUGGGUGGCACUACUGGGCACAGGUGGGUGGGCACAGGUGGGUGCAUUGCUGGGCACAGGUGGGUGCAUUGGUGGGCACAGGUGGGCGGAACUUGUGUGUGGCAUUGCUGGGCACCGAUCAUCAGGGCACUGAUGAUCAGUGACCCUGAUGAUCGGUGCCGAUCCCCGCUCUGACAACUGCCAGUUUUCGGCAGCACUUUCCUCACGAUCUGACAGUGUGAGGAAAGUGCAGCCGAGAACCGGCAUUUGCAU